AGGUCACUAGUAUAAAACGCCCAAGGUGCACCCCAUUUAAUUCCUCUCUUCAGUCAUAGGUCAUUUCAUUCAUCGUUCUGGAGUCAUUGGAAUAAACUUCUGUCACUAAUUUCAAACCUAAUCCAAUCUCGACCAAACCUGUUCACAUUCAAGGAGGAUACCUACUAACUUGCCUUAAAAUAUGCAGAAUUUCUCCCAUACAAUAUGGAUGGGUGAUCUGGAACCUUACAUGGAUGAAAUGUUUAUUAAACGAGCCUUUGAAACAUCAGGUGAAAAUAUAGUGAGUGUAAAAGUUAUCCGAAACAAGGCGACUGGGCAAACUCUUGGUUAUGGUUUCAUAGAGUUUGCUAACUCAACAUCUGCGAGAGAUGCAAUGCUUAAGUUGAAUGGCAAGCUCAUUCCUGGAGCCCCUACCAGAAGAUUUAAACUUAAUCACGCUAGUUACGGGAAAGAUAGCACUUCUAGUAAUGAAUGUUCGUUAUUUGUUGGUGAACUAACAGAAGAUGUUGAUGAUCUUGCUUUAUUCAAUGCUUUUAAAAAAUACCCAACAUGCCGUUCAGCUAAAGUUGUGAUGACAAAUGGCAAGUCUCGUGGAUACGGUUUUGUUCGUUUCCUCACUGAAUCUGAUAUGGAUAAAGCGUUGAUUGAAAUGCAAAAUUAUUGUGGUUUAGGCUAUAAACCGAUUCGAGUGAGUCUUGCUAUUCCGAAGCGUUAUAAUGCAGAUGGAAGUCUGGUUGUUACUACAACAGCAUCUGAGACGAGUUCAGUGGUUCCAAGUGGUAUGCCCGAUCCAUUCACUGCUGCAGUUGCGGCUGCUGUAACGGGGAAUUCUGCAGCUCAAGCAGAAUAUUAUCAAGCUUAUCAACAAUACUAUCAACAGUACUAUGCUUCUCAAUAUGCAGCCCAGUUUUAUUCCAGUGAAUCAUCUACAAAUGGCGACUUAGCUAAUUCUGGAAUAACAUCGAUUGCCGGUGGUGGUACGCUUGUAGGCGAUGCUACAGUUCAACAGCAUGCAUUCGUCGAUGCUGCUGCCUCACAUUUAUAUGCUAGAGCACUUCAGCAAGGCACCGGCUCACAUGAAUAUGCCCCAGAGCCACAUGUUUUAUCAUCAGCUUGUGAUCGUCCACGACAUGUAGAUGAUUUAGAUGAAGUGUUCAAUUUUCUAGAAGCAUCACGAUGGCAUGUCACUGAUCCAUCAUUGGGAUUAUUUAUUAAAAUAAGACCAUAACUAUUUAUUCACCUUUAUUGUUCCUGUUUUUAGUAAAGUACGUUGUAUUUUUAUAAGUUUGAACAAAGUAUAUUGAGUUUCCUUUUUUUUUAAAAAAGUAUUGGGAUUAUGUGAUGUAAAUACAUUUCAUGUAUAUGUAUGUUUUUAUUUUUGUUUCAUAUGAGUAUUUGAUUAUCA